GGCUGGUGUCCCGGAACUGCUGCCACACCCUCAGAAGCCCCCAUGGCUUUCGGCGGCUACUUUUGGAGCCUGUGCUUGAGCCUUCUGCUGAGCCCUUCGUUGAGAAGAGCUGCCGGGCAGGAGCUCACGGUGGUCCAGCCACAGGACGUUGUCGAGGUACGAGCAGGAGCGACACUGAUCCUCGGAUGUUCCGUGACGGGGGCAACUUUACCGGGACCUGUGAAAUGGUUCUUGGGAGAAGGUCCCGCUCGGAAGCUCAUCUAUGCAGAGAUCGGAUGGUUUGAGCGAGUCCUGAGGACCAACAAGGACUCCGACACGGAUUUCUCCAUCGUCAUCCGAAAUGUCACUUCGGAGGAUGCCGGCACUUACUACUGUGUGAAGCAGAAGAAAGGUAUCGGGGAUGACAAAGAUGUGAAAACUGGGCCUGGAACUCGGGUGGUUAUGAAAGAUGCCCGGGACGUUUUCAUCGUUACGGCCGUGGCCGUGGCCACCAGUCUGCUGCUGUUUGCUGCCUUGCUCUUCACGGUAGCUUACAUCUGGGCAAAGAAGAAACGAGAUCGGAAGACACCCUUCCCGUCGACGGAGCUGCCACUAAUCAGGUCUCGGCUGAUAAAGAGAUCGUCUAUGCCGACCUGAAGGAACCCCGUGUUUCCCAGAGGCCCAAGCAAAGCAAUAAAGAAGAACAUUCGGCAUAUGCCACCAUCCAGGUAGCACUGUCUCCUCUGGAUAAAGAUGGAAGGGAGGCCUCACUGCCCUGACUCCAAGACCCCCUGGAGUGGACCUGUGGGAAGGUGUGUGAAGCCAGGUGCAAAGCGAGGUGCCCAUCUGCUUGCUGCAGGGAGGACACAACAAAAAAGACUCCAUGUCCUCUCUCUAGACCAAAAGAUGCUUCAUUUUGUUGGGAAAAUUCAAAUAAAUCCUGGCAGAAAAGGGUUGCUUAUAUGGGCCUUUGUGUUAUAAAAUCAAACCUGCACCCCUUUCUCAGAAAGCACCAGAAUUCCAAGCCAGGUCAUUGUUUAGUGCUGCUGUCCCUUUAAGAUGAUGGCAUUCUUAACUGGACUGAGAAGCUGCUGCAGGUAACAUUAUCAGUGAGGAAAUACCUGUGUUCCCAUCACUGAAACAAUGGUGUCCAUUUGUUUCUGAAUGGUUCCACCUAAGCAUCUAGUUCCACAGAGGCAAGUGCCUGCCCAGUGUAGUUGCCAAACCAGAUUUCCUGAACGGUUCCACCAUCGGACCCAUCUGCCUGUUUAAGCAGGAUCCAAACCGCAAAGAAACCUACUGAAUCUAUUGAACUGACAUGUUAAUAAAGCAAUCAGUCAUGUUUUCCG